UUUCUUUUAUCAAACGGAAUUUAUUUGAAUAAAUAUAAAUAAAAGAAAAAAAUGUUUUCCAAUUAUUCACUUUUAUCAUAUUUGCGGUACAGUUGUGAAAAUGACUUCGGUUUUGAUGUUGUUAAAUUUGUAUUUGAUUUCGUUUUUAGCGAAACCAAUUACAUCGAGUGAUAUCCAAUCACGUAUCCUGUAUGGAGAGACAGCGAAAAUAGAAGACUACCCGUUCUACGCUGGGCUGGAUAAUUGCGGUGCCGCCAUUAUCUCCAAUACGUGGAUCUUGACCGCAGCUCAUUGCGUCGAUAAUGUUCAUCCUACGAAAAAUAAUUACGUCUGGGUUGGUGGAGAAACUUUCGCAAACAGUAUUAAAGUUCCAUACAACAAAGUCAUCAUACACGAAGAAUACCAAAAGGUGCAAGGAUUGCCAGUAAACGAUAUCGCCUUGAUCAAACUGUCCAAGCCUCUACAGUUCUCGAAAAAAGUCCAAGCAAUCAAACUACCAGCAAGACCAACGUCUAGCUCUAAAGUUGUUUUCGUUGGUAGAGGGAAAGACGAGACCGGAAAGUUAUCGAAACAUUUGCAGAAAGUCGAUCUCGUUAGGUUGACUACUGAAGAGUGCAUUAGUUUAGUGCCUCAACAGUACCACAGCUACGUUCGGCGGAAUAUAAAGUUGUUCGAGAAAAUGAACAUCUGUGCGAAGAGGGAAUCGGAUAUGCCGAGCAUUUGUCACGGUGACUCUGGUAGUCCGUUAUUCAGUGGCAAUACCCUAAUAGGUCUUGCUUCGUACAUUGGAAAACAAUGCUCUCAAGUUCGCUUGGGAUUCUACGUGAAUGUAGCAUCUUAUAUGCCCUGGAUCAAGGCAGCUACUGGUCUUUAAUUAUUACAUUUUCUUUUGUUUUCAUUACAUUUUUUCUUCUUUUAUGUAGUUAUUAAUUUGCUUAUUAUUAUAAUCCAAGGUAAAGAAGGAAAAUUUUAGUUUUAAUCACCACCACAACUAAAUCAUUGUCUCUAUAAGAUUUAAUCUUAUACGAAAAAAGACGCGACGCGAACGUUUAGGCGUAGAACCAACGACUGCAUUAUUUUUGAUGCAAACAAUACAAACUUCGAAGCUCUGGAAUACUAUUAAGAGGUAUGUCUAUGCACAAUAGAAUACUCCAAUAUUUUAUUGGCCCGAUUUGACAAUCAGAGCUCAAAAUCUACAGUCUAACUACUAGACAAAAUACAGAAAAAUAUAAAAUUUACAGAAUAAACAAACUUUUUAAUAACAAAUAUGGGGAAUUACAAAUAUGUACGUUAAGAUUUUUUUAAGGAGUCCCCAAAAAUGUCACACAGCAACCAUCCAAAUCCUUGCAUUUGGUCCAGAUGAGUUUACCAACCAGAUGAUCCUCUAAAUCAAUGGUCCAACUUGAUGAAUUCAUACGAUAUAUUUACUUAAAUAAAUGCACAUUCUAAUUACUAGAAUUAUUGCUUUAA